AUGGACGUUCUGAUGCAGAAAUUUGCCGUGCAGCUGCGGUCUGGGUCGGGAUAUCGGCAAGUAUUGAGAACAUCAUCGGCAGCAAGCCUGGGAUUGGCGAUUUGGCCUCUAAGGAUCAAGCGGGUGCUAUUUGACACAGAUGUGCCGGUGAAUACGGUGUCAUGGCCUGCCUCCUUGCGGCAGCUGUCGUUUGUAGGUGCCUUCAACCAGGUCAUCGGUCGAGUUUUACUGCCGGCCUACCUGCAGCAGCUAUCGUUUGGAGAUUGCUUCAACAAGCCGAUAGCCGGAGUCGUGUGGUCGGCAUCCCUGCAGCAGCUAUCGUUUGGGUCCAAAUUCAACCAGCCCGUCGUCGGAGUCUCGUGCCCAGCCUCCCUGCAGCAGCUAUCGUUUGGGUCCAAAUUCAACCAGCCCGUCGUCGGAGUCUCGUGGCCGGCAUGCCUGCAACAGCUAUCGUUUGGCUAUCGUUUGGGUCCAAAUUCAACCAGCCCGUCGUCGGAGUCUCGUGGCCGGCAUGCCUGCAACAGCUAUCGUUUGGGUCCAAACAACCAGCCCGUCGUUGGAGUCUCGUGCCCAGCCUCCCUGCAGCAGCUAUUGUUUGGGUCCAAAUUCAACCAGCCCGUCGUCGGAGUCUCGUGUCCAGCCUCCCUGCAGCAGCUAUCCUUUGGGCAUGAAUUCAACCAACCUAUCGCCGAAGUCGUGUGGCCGGUCUCCCUGCAGCAGCUGUAUUGUGGUGAUGAGUUCAACCAGCCCGUCGCCGAACUCGUGUGGCCGACAUCCCUACAGCAGCUAUCGUUUGGGUAUAUGUUCAACCAGCCCGUAGUCGGAGGCGUGUGGCCAGCCUCCUUGAAGCAGCUGUCGUUGCUUGGUUAUUCAUUCAACCAUCCCAUCGCGAAAGUCUUAUGGCCGGGCCCCCUGCAGCAGCUAUCCUUUGGGCAUAAAUUCAACCAAACUAUCGGCGAAGUCGUGUGGCCGGCCUCCCUGCGGCAGCGAGAGUUUGGUGAUGAGUUGAACCAGUCCGUCGCCGAAGUCGUGUGGCCUGCCUCCCUGCAGCAGCUAUCGCUUGGAUAUGAUUUUAACCAGCCUAUCGCCGAAGUCGUGUGGCCAGCCUCUCUGCAGCAGCUACGGUGUGGUUCUGAGUUCAACCAGCCCAUCGCCGAAAUCGGGCGGCCAGUCUCCCUGGAGCAGCUGUCGUUCUGGUUCGGAUUCAACCAGCCCAUCGUCGGAGUCGUGUGGCCGGUAUCCCUGCAGCAGCUACGGUUUGGUUCUGAGUUCAACCAGCCUAUUGCCAACGUCGUGUGGCCGGCCUCCCUGCAACAGCUAUCGUUUGGGUCCAGAUUCAACCAGCCGAUAGCCGAAGUCGUGUGGCCGGCAUCCCUACAGCAGCUAUCGUUUGGGUCCAAAUUCACCCUGCCCGUCGUCGGAGUCUUGUGGCCAGCCGGCUUACGUAGUGCGACUCGUGGACGACAGAGUCUGAUGUGA